UGAGAGAAGUCAGAAGCUUCUGCUCCUCCGACGGAUUAGGAACACCACCAUGCUCCGUGCCUGCAUCGUCCUUGUUUUGGCCACCAGCGCCCUUGCUGGCCACAUUGGCCACCUUGCGGGAGGCUACACUCUCGCUAGUAACCUCGGCUACGGCCUUGGCUACGGCAACCUUGGAUACUCUGGCCUCGGCUAUGGUGGUCUUGGUCUUUCCCACUACGGCCUUUCUCACGGUGUUGGCUAUUCCGGCCUGACCGGCUUUGGUGCUGGCUAUGGAUAUGGAUACGCCGCUCCAGCUGCCGGUUAUGCUGUCGCUGCUCCAGCUGUUGCCCGUACUGUCGCCACCUACCACGCUGCUCCAGCCGUGACUGCCGUCCACGCUGCUCCAGCUGUCACUGCUGUGCACGCUGCUCCAGCUGUCGCUACUUACGCUGCUGCCCCAGCUGUCACCAGGGUUGUUCAGUCUGCUCCAGCUGUUGCCACCUACGCUGCUGCCCCAGCUGUCACCAGGGUUGUUCAGUCGGCUCCAGUUGUCGCCGCUGCCCCAGCUGUCACUCGUGUCGCCUACAGCGCCCCAGCUGUCACCAGGGUUGUUCAGUCUGCCCCAGCUGUCUCCUAUGCCGUUGCUCCCGCCGUCACCAAGGUUGUCCAGUCUGCUCCAGUUGUCGCCGCUGCCCCAGCCGUGACCACUGUCCACCACGCCGCUCCAGCUUUCGCUGCCGUCCACGCUGUCCCAGCUGUUGCCACCGUCGCCCACGCUGCCCCAGCCAUCGCCACCGUUGCCCACGCUGCUCCAGCCGUCGCCACUUACGGUGUUGCCCACGCCGCCCCAGCCGUCGCCACCUACGGCAUCGCUCACGCCGCUCCAGCCUACUACGGCUACGGUGUUGGAUCCCUCGGCUAUGGUGUUGGCAGCUAUGGUUACGGCCAUGGUCUCCUCGGCUACGGUCUGAACUACGGCUAUGGUCUCGGCUCUCCUCUGAGCUACUCCACCCUUCUCCGCAAGAAGAAGUAAAUGCUUGUCUUCCUGGAAGUCAGACCGAAUUGAAGCAAUACAGCCAUGAAGAACCAGUCUUUCAUGUGUCCGUGAUAUAUAGUCAUUGUUGCAAAGUAAUAAAAUGUUUGUGUAAA